CUACAUUAGUUACAUGUAUUCAUUUGGUUAUCAGAUACUCGAGUAAGUACAUUUUACGAUAAGAGGAGGGCUAUAUAACGGAGGAAAUCGUUGAACGGCCACCGUUAACGCUGCACAUUGAAAUGAAUACUGCCUUCCGCGCAAAACCGCUCUUAGUAAUCGUAAAUUACCAAACAUGGGCUGAAAAUAUCGUCAUUGCAAUUAAUGGGCGAUUAUUUGAGUGCAGAGCAUUAAAAAUUGACUAAAUUGUAGUUUUAUGACUGUUCGGUCGUCGCUGCAAGUGUCAUACUGGCAGCUAGGCUUAAAAUUCAUGGUUGUUCAAUUUGGCCCAAAUAUUUGGGCACCGGUCAAGUUAAAUUCAAAAUUAUUGUGUAAAUUAUAACUGUGACUAUGUGGUUUGGUCCGAAUCUGCAGAGGUCUUACAAGUAUAUGAUGUUUGCGUCCAAGAUGCCGUCUCUGCGGAUAGACCAGAGUGACUUGAAGUGCAAGAAUGGCUGCGACUACUUCGGGAACCCACAGUGGCAAGGGUACUGCUCUAAAUGUCAUCGAGAACAGAUGCAACGGCAGAGAAAGGCUGAAAAAGAGUCAUCAGCAACAUUACCAAAACCAGAACAGAAGAAACCGGAGCGAGGGUUGAGGAUUCCCUCCCACUCCUCCUUCUCCAAGUUUGAGGAGAAGCGGCUCCGGCAGAGCGAGACCCUCAAGAAGGCGAACCUGCUGAAGUUCAGUGUCUUCAAGAAGAGUAGCACAGAUGACCACGACCACUCAGCAGAGAAACGCCCCCCGGAGUUCAAGAUCCCGGGCAUAGUGAACGAGGGUAUGAAGCGGGACUUUCGCACGCGGUUCCCGCAGCUCGGUCCCGCGGUGGACCGCGACUCGCGGCUGUUCGUGCACAGCUUCAUCAUGGACGUCAUCAAGUGUGCCAACGUGCUCAGCGUUGAUGAGCUGUCCGAGCGAGUUCAGAGGCAGUAUCAGCGUUUCAUGAAGCACAUGGACACGUCGUCGCACUUCGCGAACGUGGAGGCCGACACCAAGGAGCUGCUCAUGGACUUCGUCGAGAAACACGCCAUGACAUACUUACACGAGUUACCGUCAGUAGUGUUCUCCCCAAGCGGCACGGACGACGAGCGCCUGGACCGCGCCAUGUCGGAGCGCAUCCAGCAACUCAGCUGGGUCGGCGAGCGACACCUCGAGUGCAAGCUCGACAGGAACAACCCCGACUGUCGCCAGCUACUCUACAAGGCUAUCAGCGAGUUGCUGGGCAUGGACAGCGCGCUGUCGCCGGGCGACAAGUUGUCGCGCGUGCGUCGCUGUUGUCGCCACGUGUUGCGGCUGUGCUCGGCCGCGCCCGCCUCCGCCGACGAUCUCUUGCCUGCACUCAUAUUCACUGUGCUGAAAGCGAACCCGCCCCGCCUCGUCAGCAACAUAAACUUCGUGACGCGGUUCUGUAACGCGCAGCGACUGAUGACCGGCGAGGGAGGAUACUACUUUACUAACCUUUGCUGUGCAGUCUCGUUCAUUGAGAAUCUGACGGCCGAGUCACUGAACAUGGACAAGAAAGAGUUCGACUGCUACAUGGCCAUGCCGGCCUCCAUCGGGGGCAGCGCUUGGGCGGCGGCGCUGUCCCUGUGCGGCGCGGUGCGCGAGGCGGACGAGCAACGUGCGCACGCGCAGAAGUUGCUCACGCACACACACAACAUACACACGCGCGCUGAACAACUCGCUGCCAACGCUCAGAGCUUUGAGGAGCAAAUCGCCAAAAAAGUACAAGACGUCCUCACGAAGACGCCGUUAGAAAUAAAACCACGGCGCGAGCUGCCGCGCCUCGGGAACCUGAAGGAAAUCAAUACGGCGCCACUCAUCGACUUAGGCACCACUACCGCUCAGGAAGAACCACAGACAAAGCCAGAGGUCACACCAGAACCUCUGGCGGCUACCUUACUUCCUACAGAGUCCACAGAACCAAACAUCACCAUCCAGCCAGAAACCGAGCCAAAACUUAACAUCCUCGGCUUUGAGGUAAUUGAAAGACAAUCUCCUUCCAAAUCACCACAGAACCUCGACCAGACAUGGGACUUGAAGCAGACCAGUUCAUUAGAACUGCUCACACCAUCGCCUCUAGGCUUCACGCCAUUUGAUUCACGGUCCAUCGACGAACUGAUGACUCCCGACGAAUUUGGUACGGACCAACUGCCACCAGGACUGAGCAACAUAAACUACGACAUCGAUCUAUCAGACUUCAGUGGCGACAACAGUAUAGCCGAGGAAGCUCCAAAAUCCGAACCCAAGGACCCAUUCAGUCCAGAAGCUCUUAGAAAAAUAACUACGUUCGACCCCUUCGCCCCACAAACAUCAAAAGGGUUCGAAACAGCUUUGGAUUCGUUCGAUGAAUUCAGCUUCGUUGACCAGAGGAAGCAGGAGACUGAUCCAUUCGAGGUGGUACACAGAGGCCAGGACCCGUUCAGUCCAGUAGAAUUAUCCAAGGACCCUUUCUUCGCCCCAGAGAAGCAGUCGACCUCUAUCCUAGACGACAACGACACGCCCGCCACUGCCUGCUUGCUGCCAUCGCCAAUACAACCACAAAGCAGCAACAAACCAACCUAGCUGGUGUUUAGCUUUAAGUUGUAUCUCUAUCAUAGAUCUAUUAUUAUUAUUAACCAAAUUGGUUGGUGCUACAGUUGAAAGUCGAUUAUUGAUUUGUUCAAGUUUAUUAUUUAUUUAAAUAAAUCAUAGUUUAAUAUGUUUCCCGUCGAAGUAAUAAAUGGCAUGGCAGAAAUA